AUGAGGUGGAAUGUUGCGGCCGCUGGCCUGAUGGGCCUGUUCGCCCAGUCUGCGACGGCCAUCAAGAUGGAUAUCGACAAUGACCAAUCGGUAAAGGAUGCCGCCGCCACGAUAGCGUACGGAAUGAUGAGUUACUACACGGGCAACCAAACCGGCGACACACCAGGAAACUUGCCGGACCCUUACUACUGGUGGGAAGCGGGCGCGAUGUUUGGCGCAUUGGUCGACUAUUGGUGGAUCACGGGCGACACAUCCUACGUGGAAGCGACAUCACAAGCCAUCGUACAUCAGGCAUCCGAGACCCGAGAUUUCAUGCCCGCCAACCAGUCCCGAACAUCCUCCAACGACGACGUCGGCUUCUGGACUCUCACGGCCAUGUCGGCGGCCGAGGACGCGUUCCCCGAUCCGCCUGAGGACCAACCGCAAUGGCUGGCGCUCGUCCAGGCCGUUUUCAACCAGAUGGCAUCGCGAUGGGACGACAUAAACUGCGGUGGAGGCCUCAGAUGGGCCAUCAACGACUUUCAGACGGGCAAGGAUUAUAAGAAUUCUAUCUCCAACGGCCUCUUCUUCAACCUCGGCGCGCGCCUCUCGCGCUUCACCGGUAACAGCUCCUACGGCGACUGGGCCACGCGCACCUGGGACUGGGAGCGGUCCAUCAACCUGAUCACGGACGAGUACGACGUCAAGGACGGCGCCCACUUCGACGUGACGACGCACGUGUGCCGCAACGACUCCGGGCCGCACGUCUGGUCCUACAACGUCGGCGUCUUCCUGCAGGGCGCCGCCUUCAUGUACAACGUGACGACGGGCGAGGAGCAAAACACAUGGAAGACGCGCGUGGAUGGCCUGCUGGGUUCCAUCGAGUCCAAGUUCCUCACCAACGACACCAAGAUCAUCAAGGAAUGGUACUGCGAGUCCGGCUUCACCGACCGCGGACACCCGUACCAGUGCAACAUCGACCAGCAGACGUUCAAGGGCUACCUGCUGCGCUGGCUCUCCUCCACUUCCCAAGUCGCACCCUUCACGUACGAGCGCAUCAACCCCUGGAUCCGCUCCACCGCCAUCGCCGCCGCCGCAGUCUGCACGGGGCCCGUCGGCGCCGCCGCCCCGCAGGUCGACAGCGGCGGUAUCCAGCCGGGCUUUAGGGGCAUCGACGGCACCGCGUGCGGGUUCAAGUGGGCGGAGCCAUUCGACGGGUGGUCCGGCGUCGGCGCGCAGAUGAACGCCCUUUCAGCCGUCAUGUACACCCUCACGCACAAGGGGCUGGGCAAGGCGGCCAAGGGCCCCGCUACGGAGAAGCUUGGUGGCACGUCCAAGGGUGACCCGGGAGCUGGCGUGACGGACCCCGCGAGCAGGGGAGGACUGGCGGCGUUGAAGCCGAUAACCACGGCGGAUAGGGUGGGCGCAGGUAUCGUGACGGCGAUUUUGGCUAUUAGUAUUGUGGGCGGGAGCGUCUUUUUGACUAUCUAA